GGGAGGGGGACGCGAGGACACACCCGCACAUACAGUACCCGGUGUACACGGCGAGGAUGCUGCAGACAACAUGAGGUGAAUAUCCGCGACUCUCCCACAUUGGAAAAUCCCUUAAUUCUCUUUUAAAAACGCGUCUCUGCAUGAAGUCAGAAGACCUGGUUGUCGCAGCGGGUUUUUCACCUUCCCGAGUCCAGCGGGAGCAGAAACUCAUCCACAUAUGAAGAAGAUGUCAGCAGAUGCAGUCAGACCCUAGGUGACAUCCUGUGGCCGUCAGGUCUGUACGGUGUUGAGCCCCCUCCCUCUCCUGGCCCCUGCCUGCAGUUCUUCAGGCUGCGGGACCCAGACUCACUGAAAAGUGCAGGCCUCCUCCCCCUGCAGAAUGACUGUUGCCACAGGCGACCCCUCUGACGAGGCGGCUGCACACCCGGGGCACCCGCAGGACUACGACCCGGAGGCGGACCAUGAGUGUUGUGAGAGGGUGGUCAUCAACAUCUCAGGGCUGCGCUUUGAGACGCAACUCAAAACCCUCUCCCAGUUCCCAGAGACUCUGCUGGGGGACCCCAAAAAGAGGAUGCGGUACUUUGACCCGCUGAGGAACGAGUACUUUUUCGACAGGAACAGGCCCAGCUUUGACGCCAUAUUGUAUUAUUACCAAUCAGGGGGCCGGCUAAGAAGGCCGGUUAACGUCACCCUCGAUAUUUUCUCAGAGGAAAUCCGCUUCUACGAGCUGGGUGACGAGGCCAUCGAGAUCUUCAGAGAAGAUGAGGGUUUCGUCAAGGAGGAAGAGCGGCCCCUUCCUGACAACGAGUUUCAGAGACAGGUGUGGCUGCUGUUCGAGUACCCAGAGAGCUCAGGUCCUGCUAGGAUUAUUGCCAUAAUCUCUGUCAUGGUCAUCCUGAUAUCUAUUGUCAGUUUCUGCUUGGAGACCCUCCCCAUUUUCCGCAACGAUGAGGGCGAAAUGCACAAGUUUCAAGAGCAUAUCUUUUCACCUGAGAUAAACACCACAAUCAUCAGCUACACUAACACCUACUUCACCGACCCCUUCUUCAUCCUGGAGACUCUUUGCAUUAUAUGGUUCUCCUUUGAGUUCCUGGUGCGCUUCUUCGCCUGCCCCAGCAAGGCAGGCUUUUUUGGUAAUAUAAUGAACAUCAUUGACAUUGUUGCCAUCAUCCCUUACUUCAUCACUCUUGGCACAGAGCUAGCCGACACGCCAGAGGAUGGUCAAGCGGGUCAGCAAGCCAUGUCUUUAGCCAUUCUCAGGGUCAUCCGCUUAGUACGAGUCUUCAGAAUUUUCAAGCUCUCUCGUCACUCCAAGGGCCUUCAGAUUUUAGGUCAGACCCUGAAAGCCAGCAUGAGGGAGCUCGGCCUUCUCAUCUUCUUCCUCUUCAUCGGGGUCAUCCUUUUCUCCAGUGCAGUCUACUUCGCUGAAGCGGAUGAGCCCGAGUCGCAGUUCGAAAGCAUCCCAGAUGCGUUUUGGUGGGCUGUGGUGUCCAUGACAACUGUCGGCUAUGGUGACAUGGUCCCGACUACCAUUGGUGGAAAGAUUGUGGGCUCUCUCUGCGCCAUCGCUGGCGUGCUGACCAUUGCCUUGCCAGUGCCUGUCAUCGUCUCCAACUUCAACUACUUCUAUCAUCGUGAGACUGAAGGUGAAGAACAGGCGCAGUACCUACAGGUCAACGUGCCCAAGACCGAUUCAGAGGAGGAGCUGAAGAAGAGCCGGAGCGGCUCCACCAUCAGCAAGUCGGACUAUAUGGAGAUUCAGGAGGCUGUGAACAACAGCAACGAAGACUUUCAGGAGGAGAACCUCAAGACAGCCAACUGCACCCUGGCCAACACAAACUAUGUAAACAUCACCAAAAUGCUCACAGACGUGUAAUCGUCAGCUGUUUUCCUCCGCGUGACAGCGGGAACUUUGGAGCUGAGCAACUGGAUGGGACUGGUGUUCGGCCUCCCACCUCAGGUGUGCUGGAAAAAUCAAGGCAAUAGAAUUCAGGAUGUUAAUGAUGAUGCUGAUUAUGAUAGACAGUGAUUAAUAUGACAUAGACCAUUUGCUCACCCUGCGCUCAUCCUGUCUUCACUCCUUACAACUUGCCCCUCAAAAACUCCAAGAGAGCAAAAUCGCAAAUUUUGUAUUUCUGCAUGGAUUUGACUUCAUCUGUGUGGCUGUUAAAAAAAAAAACCACGAUUAAAAAUGUCCUGCUCACUACAGUAGCCAACAGUAGUGCACAUAGAGAAAAGAAAAAAGGGAGAAAUAAAAAAUAUAGUAUCGCUUAAAGAAAGCAGCACAACACACAGCCUGCUUCAGUCCCCUGCUUCCUCAUUUCCCAAGGUACACUGCUCUGCCCUGCGAUAUCUGAAGAGCCCUAGUCGCGCGCUACACAUAUGCUGCUUCCUGGAGCCAAUGAAACAAAAAAAAAACUGUCUUCUGCUCCACCGUUCUAGAGAUAGGAGGACGUGUGAGCAGAAAGCCAUCUCACUCCAGCGCUGAUCUGGCCUGUGGGUGACUUGUGAUGAGGUUCGUGGUUAAGUACGCCACGUUAUGUUCAAGGAUGAAUGACAGCCAUCAGCGCUACGCUUAUGGUUCGACACCUUUUUUUCCCAGUAGACAUCAGUAUCUGAUGAAUGACUGAGAAUGGCCUUGACUUUUCACUGCUUUGGUCUUACAUGUACUGUAUGUAUUACAAUGCAAGCUCCCCCUGCCCCUCCAUUCACCCAAACUGGUCUUACUGCAGAGCUUUGAGGACAGCUUGAAUGUCUCUUCUUGUUUUUGUUUUUUUGUUAGUUUUUCACAGUUUGACACACAAAGCACUUAUUCAUAUAGAUACGUAGGAUAACUGUGACUAAACCAAUAGCUGCUAGGUAGGUAGGUGCUGUUAGUAGUAAACGUAGUGAGUAGAUAAUUGCAUGACAUUUUUUAAUCUGAACGAGAACAUCCACUUGUUUCUCGACUGCCACUUGCUUCAUCACACGACUGUAUAUUUGUCUGUACACUGCCUUCUAUACAAAUCCACGGUUUAAAACGUAUGCCUGCCGGUAGCUGUUUUUUUCCGAAAAAAACCUAAAGCUGUAUGUUAGAGGAUUUCUUAAGGAAUCGUCAUGAGGCCACAUCCUCCGCGUAAUGGGAUGCGGAAAGCCUCGUCAAUAUUUACAUUCCACGUAGACGUCAUUGCUGUUCAACUUUCGCUGCCGCUGAGCGGAGAUUUCAGGCGUUAAACUCACGCUCUAGUUUCGAGCCUAGUCGUGGUAAACGUGCAGCGGCGUCUUUUUCUCACAGGUUUGUCACACGAUCACGUCCUCAUGAUCAAAAUAGGAACUUUUCUGGACUCGUGUAUAGAAUAAUGCUUCCCCUAAACUGCCUUUUUAUCUGGGUUUACGCUAUUCUAGUGUUGCAUGACCUCAAAAACAUUCCUAGAAGCAUGCGUUUAAGCUGAAAGAAGAAGCCUCCGAGACGGAAAAAAGUACAGUGAUAGUGAUAUAUUUAUUUCCUAUAUAUAUAUAUGAAUAUAUAAAAAUAUAUGUAUACAAACAGAACACAUACACUUUUAUUAGAGAAUUAAAAGAAACUUCAAAUAACAAUGUUUAAAGGGAAAUGAGAGCCUUUCCACAAUGCGCAGAUCAUUGCCAUGAUUUAAAUUUGUAUUGGUUCCGAGCACUGUUUUAUCUUCUUCUGUUUCAGAGCCUGUUCAGACACUCAAAAUAUCCCAACAUUUUUUUUUCUGUACUGUUGGAUUAUCCACUAAACCGGACAUCAACCGGAUAAAAACACUAGAGGUCAGCUUUUUAAAAAAGUUCCAAACUGCCUUCUGUGAAGUAGUCAUUGAAAGGCAGGGCGCUGCUCACCACCGUAUCAUCACAUCAGAAUAUAAAUGGAGUCUGGCCGUUCCUCUGAGAAGCCUCUGACGCCAGAAGCUCAAUCUGUCUUCAAAAGUUGGCAUCAAAACGUGAAUUAGCUCCCGACUCUAGGACCGUGUCCAGCCGAGAUUUCUUUCCACCGUUUGCUCCACACGGCCACGGUGACAGUCAAAGGCAGUAACAUCAAUAUGGGAAGUGAUAAUUAGCAGCAGUGUAGCAGAUAUUGGCUUAACUACAGGGAUCCUCCGGGCGUCCGGCCUUUCUCCAUCUGUCCGCGGGGGUGUCACAGAAAGGUGGUGGAUGAGGAGGACUUCUGUAGCAGCAGCUGUCUGAAUGAAUCCCGUCAUGCCAGGAUGUACAUCUUUGUUCUUAGGGUCUCAUUCUGCUCACUUCAGCCUCUAACCUGCAGUAGCUGACAUGUUUUUUUUUACGCCAUCGCUGCCAAUGUGUGCUCAGGACGCCUCGUUGACCUGCCUGACGUGAGGCUUCGGAAGUCGACUCUGUGUUCAAAUGUGGUUUUCCUGAAAGGAUCUUGUUUUUUAGGAGGCAUUUAGUUUGUAUAUUUGUCGCGUUAUCAAGGAAAGAAGCAUUAAGGUGGACUGACAUGUGGAAAUCAGUAACUCGAGGUAAAAUCUGAUUGAAAUAGUUUGUUUAGCAAUAUUCCUGUAAUCCUUCUGGUGGAGGGGACUGUGUGGAGAACAUGGAUGUUCAAUGUAGAAAGGAUCUUUAUGGACCUACCCAGUCCAACCAAGAUGUUAUCGAUCAUACUUGACGUGGGUGGCUGUGUGUGUGUGUCUGUGUGAGGGAGAAAGAACCACUGAAUGUCUGUGUCUUGGUUGUACAGCUGCAUUUAUGCAUAUCUGUAUGCGUAGGGGAAAAAAACUCAUAGUCUGACCAAAAAUAUUCGUCUAUGCAUGAAAAUGCAUUUUUAUCUUAUUGUCUUCAUUCAAUUUAUUUGAACAGUUAUUCAUGAUAAAUGUUGCGGACACGUGUUAACAUUUAUCUGUUGUGUUGUUGUUUUUUUUAAUCGGGCACAUCACUGUACCUCAGCCAAAGUCACUGUAGCAACUCAUUGACCAGAAGACACAAUUUCUGCUUAAAGCACAAAGACAAGUGGGAUCAUCCACAUCUCUAUAGCUGCAGAUUUGACCUGUACAAUGUUGAACCAAGUCAAUUUAAAAAGAUGGUGUUGUGUUGCUUUAUUAGGGAGCACCACAGCCUCGAAAAAUAUCACCUCUCACCUGCUGAGGGACCCACCAGCAAAAUCCAAUGAGAAGGGUGCCCAACAGUGAAUACACUGAGAAAUCUAUGCAGAGAAUGAUUACUAGCUGGUAUUAUUUGUUUUGUUUUUUUUAAGGAAAGAAGGUUUAAGUACAGACUUUUUUGUGUGUGUGUUUUAUCUGGCACUAAUCUUCUGUGUUGAUUCUGAGAGCUGCCAGAGUUUUUUGAAACAAAACCUCGAAGCAGAAGUGCAACACUUUGCAAUAUCCUGCUGCCGUACGUCCAACACUCGCAGUACGUUAGCCGAAUGUGAACACGAGCUUUCUGAACUUUCAGGUUUUCGUUUGAACCGCGACGGCAGCUCUUUGACACAAGGCUCUGACAUGAAAAAAAGAAAAACACUCAUUGAAACGGGGAAACAAGAUGAUCAAUAUGCAAUCUGUACGAUGUGUGUGUCUGGGAAAUAACAUGGUUCAUUUUCUUUCUUUGGUUCAUUUGACCCCAGAGCCUGAAAGUGUGGCAUCCCCUCAACCACAUGUACAGUUUGUUCACCUCACUCCACCCUCUGUCGUCCCCCCACCCCCACCCC